AUGGAUGACAACGUAAUUGAUGAUGAAGAACCACUUGAUGUUCCCGGGUGUGUUGAAAUUCACCGUGUGGCAGGAUUUGUGGAAAAUGUUUUAGUGAAUGUAACUGAAUCUUCAGCAAAUGGUGUAAAAAAAGAUUUUAGGAGGAUGGUUGCUAGAGGAUAUCUUGCUUUAUCUUCAGAAUUCUCAGAUGCAAAAAAGGGUGGAAGCGUCACUAAAGCGUCAGUUAAUCGUAUUCCUACUCUUAUCAGAACAUCUGGUAAUCAAUAUAUUGAACGGACCGAAAAUGGUAAACAAAGAAAUGUGCAUUCCUCUUCAUUGCCUUAUAGGGAAUAUAUUCUGCCAGAUAUAGCAGCAGUAGCAAUGUUUGAUCUAUUUUGCAAAUCUCUGAAAUAUUUGCCUGUUUUCUUUAUAUUAUCUGCAGGUUUUGAUUGGCUUGACGUCCCUUGUAAUGAAAAGUACCAACCUGAAAAUUGCGACAUUGACAUUAGCCGUAUUGAUCGCCUGCCGCUAGAUGUUUUAGACCGUUGCGGACCUGCUUUGCUUGAGCCAGAAGCUAGAAAUUAUUUCCUGGGAGUAUCAGGGAGGGGAAUUACAUACAAAGAAAACAUGGAAGCCUACAGAAGGGUAAAAAUUGUGCCGAAAGUGAUGCAAGGUGUAGCAAACACCGAAUUGGAAACGACCGUCUUUAGACGAACAUUAGAUUUUCCAAUAGGUCUUUCUCCGAUUGGCUUGCAGAGACUUGCACAUUAUUUUGGAGAAAUAGCUACUGCGGCAGGUGUUACGGAUUUAAGGACGGUUAUGAUUAUAAGCAGUUAUACCUCUAUUCCCAUUGAAGACCUGGAAGGAAUAAUCCAAGAUUCUAAAUCUCAGUAUUGGAUGCAGCUCUACAUGUUCAAGAAGAGAGAAAUAACUAGAGAUCUCAUCCAGAAAGCUGUUAAGGCUGGUGUUAGUGCUUUCGUCUUGACUGUAGAUACACCAGUUCUUCCUACUCUGACUUGCAAUGCUGGAAAAGGAUUGGAAGAUUUAGGGGUUAG